UUUAUCUGGCAUAUUUCGUUGCACUUGUAAAUAAACAACUUGGUUGAACCGGAAGUUUUAUUUUUCGUAUGUUUUCGAAAAACUAAUAUCAAAAUGCCCCUACGGGCUUUGUUAAGGCAUCUCCUCAACAAUGAACAGCUUAUUCAAAAGCUUGCUGACAGUUAUCCAAUACGAAGAGCUGCACAGCUGACUGCCUACUUGUUUCAUAAAGGAAAACUAAUAAGUGAAGAAAAGCUGGAAAAGUUUAAAGAAACAGAUGUCGUCAAUCGCCUACAAGAUGAGAUGAAAUACUCGUCACAGAAAAUUCAAGAUAAAACAAACCAAUCUCUGCAAAGGACUAAUAGUUUUUUUAACACAUUUUUCAAAAAUUUAAAUGAAGAAUGGAAAAAAGCAGAAAAAAAACUUGAAGAGCAGAGAAAGAUAGGAGGAGACUCAAAGAAAAAAUAUUAAUGCUUGGUUGUGAUAUCUAUCUUUCAAAUUUCAGAAAAACAUGAGCUGCUUGUCAAUUUACAGUAGUGGGGAAAAAUGUUCAUUUUAUCCAAGCUUAAUUAUAAUUUUAAAAUCACCCCAGCCAUCCAUAGUUUGCAUAAUUAUGGUUUGUUUUCUCAUAGGCAUACUAUUUUUCCCCCAAAAGUUAUUCUGAGUUAUUCUGAACAUAGUAAAUGAAAUUUUAUAACAUUAUGUCUAGAGGAAUAAAAAAUUAAGUUCUUUCUCUGAGGUAUUUUGAAUGUGUUAAUGGAAUCUGUACCAUUGCAUCCCGGGAAAUUAGACCCAAGUACAUUAUUUAUUCCUUAUUUAUUAUGAUUAAAGAUAUUCUAGUGUUUUUACUGAGACCCAAUGAGGCUAGAUCUGUAAUUUCAAAACAGCAUGCAACAUUUUUAAGCACAGGAGGAAGUCAGAAUGUUUGAUCUUUAAAAUACUACAGUUGUUAUGUAAUAAAAGUUUAAAUGUUUGGUUCCUGUUGUUGAGAGCCUAGAGGGCGAACACUGCCAGAUUGAGUGCAUAAUUCUGUAUUGUUUCAUUACUGCUGGUUGCAUUGUGUCAAAUUGUUUACAGGGGGGUGCAUUAGGCUGGUCUGCAUCUUUCGUCCGUGUCUGAGAGCUGGGCUUCUGUUAACUUACUUCGUGCCUCACAAAUAAAUUAGAAAAACUUUUUGUGAGGCCAGUAUUUGUAAAUAAAGAAACUUCUGACUUUGUACCUAAAUUUGUCACAAUAAAAUUACUGGUCUGUCUGCGUG